AUGACAGACCAAUCCACUCGUGACGGGCGAACAUGGAGACAGCAUUUCCCCGAUGGCGACCUCUGGGUGUUUGGCUAUGGGAGCUUGAUAUGGAAGCCACCGCCUCAUUUUGACAAGCGAGUUCCUGGUUAUAUUAGUGGAUACGUGCGACGGUUCUGGCAGGCCAGCACCGACCAUCGCGGAACGCCAGAGCAGCCCGGUCGAGUAGUGACAGUUAUUGAGAGGUCGUUUUGGGAAACAUUGGACGACCCGCAAAAUCAUCUCGAAUCAUCUGCUACAUCAACAAUAUGGGGUGCUGCAUACCACAUCCCCGCUUCCCAUGCAGAAGAGGUUCACGACUAUUUAGACGUUAGAGAAAUAGAUGGUUAUACAGUGCACUACACACCGUUCUACACCGUAUCUGCACAGGAGGGUACGACCACCAGCAUCACCGCGGUCGACAGCAGCGAAAUAAGGGAAGACACACCGACUUCAGCCGUGCCAUCACCUGAUCAACAUCACCAUCGCCAACAUCCUCACAUCGAUUCCGACCUUUCCGCCUCCCCGCCUCCCUCUCAUCCAAAGCCCAUCACUUGCAUGGUUUACAUCGGUCAGCCGACCAAUCCCCAAUUCCUGCGUAACCCUUCAGAGCGGGAUCCUGCUGCUGUAGCGACAGUGAUCAGUCAGGGUCAAGGUCAGAGUGGUCGGAAUCCCGAGUAUUUGUACCUAUUGGAAAAGGGUCUUGAGGGGCUAGGCUUGGGGACUGCUGAUGGCCAUGUGACGGAUUUGGUGCGCAGGGUUAAGAUUAUUGAAGGACAGCAUGACCGUACUGAGCAGGCGAAUGCUGAGGAGUUGAAUGCCGAGCGUGAAGUUCGGAAAAGUGUUGCCGGGCUGGAACAGUUAGGAUAG